AUGGGAAGUGGAUCUACUCGACCUACGGCAAAGCUCAGGAUGACUGAAAUUGAGCACGCCAUGAAGCUUAAGGAGUUACAAUGUAGAAAACAGCAAAAACGUAUAGAAGAAGCUUCGGGAAAGGUCUCCAAAGCAUCGUUAAUAUAAGGUAAAGGACGGAAAAAAGCCCUUGGAGAGGAAGAUGUGUGUCGCUUAUUAGAUAUGCUUUACGGAAGUGAAGAUGAUUUAUCACAAUUCAUGAACAAUUCAGAUGAUGAAAUGAUUAAAAUUUCAGAUGAAGUUUUAUCUGAAAAACUUGAUGAAGUCCAAAAUCGAAUAGAAGAUUACACUUCAGAGGUUCCGGCUGACUUGGCUAGCACUUCAAAAAAUUCAAAUUGUUUUCCUAGCACUUCGAAAGAUCCAGUUGACUUUCCUAGCACCAAAAUAAACAGCAUAAACGGCAAAACAAGAAUGUCUCAGAAACGAUUUCCAAUAGAUUUAGCAUAUUCUUUGUGUAAAAUUGGAAGGAGUGGCACUCCCAGAUGUGGUCGACCUGCCAGCGUCAAAUUAAAAGAAGAUCUGCUGCCCCUAGACCAACAACAGUUGUUCGUAUUGAUGGAUUUGAGCAUUGGCCACAAUUUAAAGAAAAAAGAAAUAGAUGCACAUAUGAUAGCUCUGUUUUCCCAAGUCCUCGAAUCUGCAGCACUCUUGGUAACAAAUGAGAUGGACUGGUUUGAUUCCUUCAGGACAAGCGAGGAUGCGGAUUCACUGAUUGUUCGGACGGCCGAAUCGUUGGCCCCAACUACUCAAACUGUUGCGAUUGUGUGGAAAGAUGUAGAUCUGCUGGUGAUAAUGAUGGGUCUCAACAGUUCUCCAAUCGUCUAUCUGCUGAAGCCAGGGAAAGGAAAAGCACCUCAGUUUCUGCGCUCGAUGAGUGGAUGCGACUCGACGUCAUCUUUAUAUAACCAAGGCAAGACUAAAUAUUCAGACCUUGAAGAGACCGUUGGGAAAUUCUUGGAUCCGUCAGCCCAGCCAACGGCAAUUGCUGCUGCUGAAAAAACAUUUUUAGUGGUCCUGUACGGAGCGAACCAUCUAACGACUUUCUUGAAUGCGCUACGAUACAAGCAGUAUGUGACAUCUGCCUUCAAGUUUUCCAGAAACAGUGCAUCUAUCCCUCCCAUCGAUGUUGCAGCCUACCAGCAUAGCUUGCGUGUAUAUUUACAAAUGCAGCAGUGGCUCGGCAACAGUUUGGAUUCGAAGAUGUGGUGUUGA